GAGUAAAGUCACUUUUGGGUACUUUUGUGACUCGCACUCCUUUAUAUUUUGGAGCUUUCAUAACAAGUUCUUGUUUCCUUAUCAAACAUAUAGAGUAAAGAUCCAACAUGUUGCAAGAUAGAGUGGUUUCACGAUCUUGUUCUUUGUCUGGUUCAAAAUUAUCUCGAUCUGUUUUGUUUCUCUCACUCUCUUAUAUCCUCUUCGUGACGAUGCAUGCUUCAGCAAACCGCUUGCAGCGAGUUACAGAACCUGGUCCAAGUCCAGGGCCAUGUCCUACACCAAAGCCUAAGCCAUGUACAAGUCCAAAGCCAAUCCCAGCACCAGAGCCAAAGCCAGGUCCAAGUCCAACACCAGCUCCGGCUCCAGAGCCAAAGCCAGGACCAUGUCGUGGGCCACGCAACACGACGUUUCCUGCGAUAUUUGCAUUCGGGGAUUCAAUCGUAGACACAGGGAAUAACAAUUAUAUUUCAACAUUGGUCAGAGCUAAUUUUCUCCCCUAUGGCAUGAGUUUUCCACAUAAAGUUCCCACCGGAAGAUUUUGCAACGGCAAAAUCCCUGCUGAUUUUAUUGCGGAAUUUUUAGGAGUAAAACCAACUUUACCGGCAUACUUGAGACCGGGACUGACCCGGGAAGAUCUCCUCACUGGUGUAUCCUUUGCUUCGGGUGGUUCUGGCUACGAUCCUUUGACACCUGUUGUAGUAAGGGCGAUACCGAUGUCGGACCAAUUGACAUAUUUUCAAGAAUACAUUGAGAAAGUGAAAGGCUUUGCGGGAAAAGAGAAAGCUGAGUACAUAAUAUCCAAAAGCUUAGCCAUUGUGAUCGCGGGCAGCGACGAUCUAGCAAAUACUUACUAUGGUACACAUGCAGAAGAGUUCUUAUAUGACAUCGAUUCAUAUACCUCUUUUAUGGCUAGCUCUGCUGCUAGUUUUGCUAUGCAACUAUAUGAAUCUGGAGCCAGAAAAAUAGGAUUCAUCGGUGUUUCGCCGAUCGGGUGUAUACCGAUUCAGAGAACCACAAGAGGAGGAGUUGAUAGAAAAUGUGCGAAUGAGAUCAACGUUGCAGCUCAGCUUUUCAAUUCCAAACUCUCUACAAGUUUGCAUGCAGUGGCUGAAACCUUGAAGAACGCCACUUUGGUGUAUAUUGACAUAUACUCUCUCUUCAAUCAUAUGAUCCAAAACCCAAAAGAAUAUGGAUUUGAUGAGAUUGAUAGAGGAUGUUGCGGGACGGGGCUUAUUGAAUUAGGGUACCAGCCAUGGCCAUUGGAACCACCGCAGCCUGGUCCAUCACCAAAACCAAGCCCGUCACCAAAACCUGCCCCAUCUCCAUGCCCACCAAUACCACCUAAGCCUCAGCCGAAGCCACCACCAGCACCUGCCCCAUCUCCAUGCCCACCAAUACCACCUAAGCCUCAACCAAAGCCGCCACCAGCUCCUAGUCCAUCUCCAUGCCCACCGCAACCACCAAAGCCUCAACCAAAGCCACCAACACCUAUCCCACCGCAACCACCAAAGCCUCAACCAAAGCCACCACCAAAGCCUCAACCAAAGCCACCACCAAAGCCUCAACCAAAGCCACCACCAGCACCUAGUCCAUCACCAAAACCAGGCCCAACACCAUCACCACCUAAGCCACCUAGCCCAGCUCCAAAACCUAGCCCACCUAAGCCACCAUCGCCAAAACCUAGCCCACCUAAGCCACCAUCACCACCUAAGCCACAAAACAAAACCAUACCGGCCGUGUUUUUCUUUGGGGAUUCAAUCUUUGACACAGGAAAUAACAAUAAUCUGAAGACAAAGAUAAAAAGUAAUUAUCGUCCCUAUGGUAUGGAUUUUCCUAUGGGAGUUGCCACCGGUAGAUUCAGCAACGGAAAGAAGCUACAACAAAAUGAACUACAACAAAGCGAUCUUCUAACGGGCGUGUCAUUUGCUUCUGGUGGUGCUGGCUACGAUCCUGCAACAUCUGAAACAGUGAAAGUAAUACCAAUGUUGGACCAAUUGACAUAUUUCCAAGACUACAUAAGUAGGGUGAAGAAGUUAGUAGGAAAAGAGAAGACCAAACAAAUAGUAUCGAAAGGAGUAGCCAUUGUGGUCGCAGGAGGCAAUGAUCUGAUUUCUACAUAUUAUGGAAGUGGUGCUCAACACCUCCAAAACGACGUCGACUCCUUUACCACUAUCAUGGCUGAUUCUGCCGCCAGUUUCGUUUUGCAAUUGUAUGGAUAUGGAGCAAGGCGUAUAGGUGUGGUCGGAACGCCGCCACUUGGAUGCACACCAUCUCAAAGAGUCAAAAAGAAAAAAGUGUGUAAUGACGAACUAAAUUAUGCUGCUCAGCUUUUCAAUUCCAAACUCCUCAUCAUUUUGGGCCAACUGUCGAAAACCCUACCAAAUUCUACCUUGGUUUACAUGGACAUCUACUCUAUCUUCAGCCAGAUGCUAGAAAGCCCUAAGGAAUAUGGAUUUGAGGAGAUAAAGAAACCGUGUUGCAGAAUCGGAUUAUUGGGAGGAGGUGUAUUCUGCAAAAGGUCUACAUCAAAAAUAUGUCCCAAUACAUCGUCUUAUGUGUUUUGGGAUGGCAUAUCGGGUUCUGUGACUAAUAAUGCAAACAAGAUUUGA